AUGAAGUUUGAUGACAUAACCGUUCUUUUAGGGGAAUUUGGAAAGUACCAGAAGAUAUUGUAUUUUCUCGUCUGCUUGCCGGCGAUAUUUACAGGGAUGCAGAUGAUGUCGUCUAUUUUCACCCUGGCCAUCCCUGACCACAGAUGUGCUUUGCCUGGUCUUGGAAACGACACGUACGAAGUCCAAGGACAAUGGCAUAAACUUCUUAUCAACCAAUCCAUUCCAUGGGAAACUGGCAAAGAUGAUGAGGGUUCAUUGGUUUACAGCUCGUGUGAUCGAUAUGUGACCAAUGAAAACACGUCUUACAAUGCGCAUUACAUUCCAGUAAAUACAAGUACUGCUGAAUGUGAUACGUUCGUCUUCGACCAAUCAACGUUCAAGAACACUUUCAUUACAAAGACAAACCUGGUAUGCGGAAACAAACUGGCCCGGGCCAACGCCAACAUGAUACUGAUGGGAGGGAAACUGUUCGGAUCUAUCGCCAUCGGUGUAUUCUCAGAUAUAUUCGGACGGAAGAAGGCGGUGAUGCUGUCUUCGUUCUUGCACAUCGGGGCGGCGUUUGGGUCCGCGUUCGCGCCCAACUACGGGGCCUUUGUUAUAUUCCGUUUCAUCCAAGGUGCGUCAAACUCGGGCAUCUUCAUGUCGCUCUUCGUCAUUGGUGUGGAGCUGGUGGGUCCCUCUAAUCGUGUGGCGGCAGGGAUUAUCAUCGAAUUUUUCUGGUGUACCGGUCUUUUCUUGCUGUGCCUAGUGGCCUACUUCGUGCGCACGUGGAAUAUCCUGCUGCUCGUGCUCGCGUGUCCAACUGUCCUCCUCGUUUUUUACUUCUGGUUAAUCCCCGAGUCCCCUCGCUGGCUGAUCUCCAGGGGAAAGUACGAGGAGGCGGAGAAGAUCAUCCGGAAAAGCGCGAAAGUAAACAAGGUUGAACUUCCGGAGAAGGUGAUAGACGCGGACAGCGUGGAGGAGGGCGGCAAGGAGAGCAUCCUUCGAAUGGUUACCGUCCCCCGUCUCCUGAUACGCACUAUAAUCAUCUACCUCAACUGGGUGGUAGUAAGCAUGGUGUACUACGGCCUUGGACUUAACGUGGGGAACCUUGACGGUGACAUCUACACGAACUUCGCCAUCAACUCUGCCAUGGAGGCCGCGGCGUAUAUCGUCUGUCUCCUCUUGCUGAACCGCGUCGGCCGGAAGGCGCUCCACUGCGGCACUAUGAUCCUCGGGGGCGGGGCCUGCCUCUGUACCAUAUUUACUGUGCUGUAUGCUGAUAAAUCUCUUUACUGGAUCACAGUGGUAUUAUCCAACAUUGGAAAGUUUGGGAUAUCGGCGGCGUUCGCCAUCAUCUACGUGUGGUCGGCGGAACUUUUCCCGACCCUCGCACGAAACUCUGGGAUGGGCUCGAGUUCCAUGAUGGCCAGGGUGGGCGGUAUCAUUUCACCGUAUAUCGCCGAUCUGGGAACAUUUGUGGAGGGUGACUUUGGAAAGGCGCUUCCGCUGAUCAUCUUUGGCGGCCUAUCCGUGGUCGCUGGGUUCCUGUCGCUCUUCCUGCCAGAAACCAACGGACAGGUACUUCCGGAAACGAUCGAAGACGCUGUUAAUUUCGGCAGGACCACACCCGAUUCCAAGAAGAAGGACGUGGCUAGCAAGUAUUUUGUCAAUGACGUUUUUACCGGCAACGUCGACUCCCCGACGGAAGAGAAAAAGAAUGCAGAAAUGUUGGAGCAAAACGGUUACAGCACGCACAUGUAG